UAUAGAUGGAGGGUAUUGUAAGUCGAUCAGAACACGGCUCGCUUCGUGAUGCCGCUCACACAAGGCCGAAAGCGACGCUCUCAACCCGACGCAGACGCCGAGCAUGAAGCCUCACCGGAGCCAGCAAGUCAGCGAAGACGAAUGGGCGGUCAUGAGCGGGAUGCUGAAGGCAGCUACGGGGACGAUGAUGGCGCAAUGCAGAGUAGUGACAGCCUAGACACGAUGGUCAAGAAGUUGGUCCGGCUAGCGCUGGCUUGCGAGUACCAGCGCAAGCCCAUCCGGCGGCAAGACAUUUCCGAGAAAGUGCUAGGAAGCGCAGGCCGACAGUUCAAGACCGUCUUCGCCCAGGCGCAGCUGCAGUUGCGCAGUGUCUUCGGCAUGGAGAUGGCCGAACUGCCUGCAAGAGAGAAGGUGACGUUGGCGCAAAAGAGAGCCGCGAAGUCGCAAUCACAGACCUCGAAGCCGACCGUCUCCUACAUCCUCAUCUCCGUCCUGCCCUCCAAGUUCCAUGACCCGGAAGUCCUACAACCGCCAUCAGCUCCCACGGUGGCGGAGGAGAGUAAGUACGUAGCCAUCUACACUCUGCUCGUCUCGCUCGUCACCCUCUCCGGCGGGUCGCUCCCAGAAGCAAAGAUGAAGCGCUAUCUGCGACGCGUCAACAUGGAAGAUACCACGUCAGUAGCCGGCUAUCAGAAGACGGAGCAACUGCUCAAGCGCAUGGAGAGGGAAGGCUAUAUCAACAAGAUCCGGGAGCCAACCGGAGCUGGAGAGGAGGACAUAUAUUGGACAGUCGGACCGCGAGGGAAAGUAGAGGUGGGUGAUGAGGCGGUUCGAAGCAUGGCCAGGGCGGUGUAUGGUGAUCUGGAUGAGGAGGCGGAGAGAGACUUGGAUCGUAGAUUGGAGCGGAGUCUGGCGAUUGGCGAGAAGGUGGUACCGAAGGAGCGGAAUGCUGAGCCGAAGAAGAAGUGUGGGCGGAGGAGGAAGGAUGAGCACGGCGAAGAGGAAGGAGAUGCUGAGGAGGAGGAGGAGUCAGAUUAGCUCAGUAGAUUAGAUACCAUUAUACAUGUGUCUGCAGGGCAGCGCGUAUGUUUUAGCAACGCCGAGUGGUAAUGAAUUCAGUUGUCAUGUGUUGGCAGAUGGUAUUGCUUUGCAGGACUUAGCUUACUAUAAUAGAUAAGUUCUAGAC